AUGGUUCAUGUUGAGAGGGUUUUUGGUGGAGCUAUUAGAUUGCUUGAUGGGGACUUAAGUUUACAUUUCUUUCAUGCAUUCAAAGCUAUGGAAGAAGCCAUGCUCUCCAAAUAUUGCAGCUACUUGAUUAUGAUCCUCAUGGUGAUCAACUUUUUGUUUCUGAAGGGUUCUACUGCUUCUUCUGAGGUUUAUACAGUUGGUGAUGAAGAAGAGUGGAAUGAUGGGAAGGAUUUUGUCUCAUGGUCUCAGAAAUACAAUUUUAGUGUUGGUGAUGUUCUUCGUUUUAAAUAUGUGAAGGGGCAACAUAAUGCUUAUGAAGUUAGGGAAGCAACCUAUAGAUCAUGUGAUGCAAGCUCUGGAGUGUUGGCAAAGUAUGAGAGUGGAGACGAUCAAGUGAAGCUCAGCCAAGCAAAGAAGUAUUGGUUCAUUUGCAAUGUCCCCGGCCAUUGCCUUGGGGGAAUGAGGUUUGGCAUUGAUGUUAAAGAAGCAAGUGCUGCAUCCACCAGCUCACAAAUGGAGGCAUCUCCACCACUCAAUUCUUGUAAAAGUUAUGCACCUCUAAGGUGGAGAAUGGGAAUAUUUAUUCACAUUUUUGCAUUUGGAAUAUUACUAGGAUUUGAUUUUUGA